AUGAAGAAACUGCGCCGCUCUGAGAUGAUGGCCUUGGCCGCCGCCAAUGGCACAUGGACCUACCUUGCGACGGAACUCAAGUCCGGGACAAAACAGGCCCUGGAGAUGCCGUGCUUCAUUGGCAGCUGCGGCGGAAACAUCCAACAUCCAAACGCACAGUCCACUGUCUGCCCGACGGCCUUCGAGGUUCGGUCGAACAACAAAGGUCACAACAAUGACACGGCCAAUGGGUCAAGGAGAGCACAAGAGGCAACGCCAAGUCCGAGGCCCAAGGGUAGGCAGAUAGAAUGGAUGGAUCGAGGAGCACGGCCGGGACACUGUGCCAACCAGCGUUAA